UCUAUAGUUAGUGUCACUGCUAUGACAACAGGGAGAUGGCUUCAAGCAAGUUGAUGAGGCACACUCAAAAUGUGAUUUUUAUCUGAACUGCGAACCCCAUACGUUUACAUACAGGUUCGUCUUGUCAGAGUAGCAUGUCUCUGUUCAAGGCACGUGAUUGGUGGGCCACGGUGCUGGGCGAGGGGGAAGAGUUUGACCAGGGAUGCCUGUGUGUCGGAGAUGUGGACAACAGCGGCAGCGGACAUGAUAAGAUAGUGGUGGGCAGCUACAUGGGCAUGCUGCGGAUCUUCUCCCCCCACCCUGCCAAGCCUGGAGAGCCCAGCCCGGCAGACAGCCAGCUACUGGAGGUGCAGCUCAGAGACCCCGUCAUCCAGGUUGAAGUGGGCAAGUUUGUCUCGUGUUCAGAUCUUCUUCAUCUGGCUGUGCUGCACCCCAGAAAACUCUCUGUAUACUCCAUCUCAGGUACUGCUGGUAAUGUGGAGCAUGGGGUUCAGUAUCAGCUCAAGCGGGUCUAUGAGCACAACCUCCAGAGGACCGCCUGCAACAUGACCUAUGGAACCUUCGGAGGGGUCACAGACCACCACUCUCUGUGUAUCCAGUCCAUGGACGGCAUGCUGAUGUUCUUUGAGCAGGAGAGUUACUCAUUUGGCCGUUUCCUCCCUGGCUUCCUCCUGCCUGGCCCUCUGUGUUACUGCUCCCGCACUGACACCUUCCUCACUGUGUCCUCAGUACGACAGGUGGAGAGCUACAGGUAUGAGACGCUGGCAGUGGCCACAGACGCAGAGACCAGACAGGAUGCUGAGCAGCAUAGCAAAACUGCAGGGAAGAGACUGACGGCUGAGUGGACCCUGGUCCUGGGGGAGCAGGCCUUGGACCUCUGUGUCCCCUCCUUCUCUCCGUCCUCGUCCUCCAUCUUUGUUUGCGGCGAGAGGAACCUGUACUGCCUAAAGGACAACGGGCAUAUCCGCUUCAUGAAGAAACUGGAGUACAACCCCAGCUGCUUUCUCCCCUAUUCCUCAGUGUCUGAAGGCACCACCAACACCCUGGUCGGUAACCAUAACAACAUGCUGCUGGUGUACCAGGAUGUGACGUUGAAGUGGGCCGCCCAGCUCUCCUGUUCCCCCGUGGCUGUCAGGCUCGCCAACUUCCUAUGUUUCAACCCCCCUCAUAGGGACCUGAAGGGUGUGGUGGUGAGCCUGAGCAGUGAGGGCCACCUGCAGUGCUCCUACAUGGGCACAGACCCCUCCUUCUUCUCCACGCCCAAGGUGGACGCCCGCGAACAGGACUACUCCCAAAUCGACACUGAGAUGAAGAGUCUGCAGAGAGUCAUCAGACAGGCCACCAGGACCCAGGCUGAUAUCCUUCCUGUAGUAGAGACAGAUGAGGAUCUGACUGUUACAGCCACAGUCUCCACUAACAUGGACAGCACAUCGCAAGCGCUCAUCCCGGACAUUGAUGGUCUACCCGUCCCCUCAGUCACAGUGAAGAUCAAGGUGAAGAGUCGCUGUGCGUUGCAGGGUCCUAAACUGACCGUGUGUGUUCAGCCUCCACUGGCUGUCACCCAGGAGCAGUUUCUGUUGGAGCCUCUGGGUGUUGGGUCUACCACUGUGGUGGCGUUCUCUGCCUUCCUCAAUGGGCAGUACCCACCAGCAGACCUGACUGGAGACGUGGCCGUAUCUUACAGCUCUCCUACAGAACUCAACCCUGCAGGCAUCCCGAGGGUGGCCCAGUGUAAGUUCUCCCUGCCCCUCCGUCUGGUCUGCUGCCCCUCCUCCCCCUCCAAGAACGCCAAGUACAAGAUCACCGUGGAUACCAACAAACCGCCGUCAACCUCAGCGAGGUCUUCCCAG